AUGGCAGCUUCGGCGCCACCUCCUGGCAAAGACAAGGGCAAGCAGCCCAAAAUCGACUACGUUCCUCUAGAAGGAGUCGAAGAUCUCGAGUACUACGAAAAAGGCGGAUAUCACCCCGUCAAAAUCGGCGACAUCCUGCAUGAAAAAUAUCGCAUCGUUCACAAACUCGGAUUUGGAACAUAUGGAACCAUCUGGCUGGCCGUUGAUCAAACCUCGAGACAAUUUGUCGCAAUCAAAGUCGGUCGCGCUGAACACUCGAACCCACUCGAAGCGACUUCGAUAAAAGGCCUCCAACAUACUAUCACCUUUGAUACCAGUACGAUCAGAUCUGUGAUUCCUCCGCUCUUGGACAACUUCGAUAUCGACGGACCUAACGGAAAGCAUCCCUGCUAUGUAACUACUGUCGGGGGAGCAAAUCUAUCGCUCGCAAAAUUGAAGUGUCAUCAGGGAGUGUUUCGCCUUGAUGUUGCUCGAGCCAUGGCAGCUCAACUGGUGAUUGCUGUUGCACAUGUCCAUGAGAAGGAAUAUGUCCAUGGUGAUGUGAACUUGUCGAAUGUCGUUCUCCGAUUGCCCUUUGACAUCAAUAAGUUUUCCGUCGACGCCCUCUACGAGAAAUUUGGGAAACCUAUGCGCGUACCUGUUGUACGCGAGGAUAGCAAAGAAUUGACCCCUGCGGUUCCCUCAGAGUGCAUCGAAUCAGUCUGGAUGGGAAAGACUAGCGACGAGAUCAGACUUUCUGAUGCCAAAAUUAUGCUCAUCGACUUUGGAGAGUCCUACCAGCCCUCUUUAGAAGCACGGCACAACUCAAUGGUCCCGCGUGCGUAUCAGCCCCCGGAAGCUCUUCAUGAGAAAGAUCCACUCCUGAGUUUCCCUUCAGAUAUCUGGACUGUAGCAUGCUCGCUGUGGGACAUAGUCGCCUGGUUCCCGUUGUUUGAGAGCUAUUUCUCAAAGGAGACUGAAAAUAUCACAGCUGAACAAGUUUCCGUUUUGGGAAAAUUGCCUCCAGGAUGGUGGUCUUAUUGGGGAAGGAAGUAUGAAAUUCGACGUCGACAAUUCGACAAAGAUUGCAAAACAAAGCAUCCGGAGGAAUAUCCGGAUAUGGAAACACGAUUUGAUGAAGCGGCGCAAAAGCCUCGACGAGCUAGGGGGUGGGAAGCAAUGGCCGAUGGGGAGAAGAAAGCUUUCCUCUUGAUGAUUCGAUCGAUGCUGAAGUACCGCCCCGAGGAGCGCGCCACUGCAAAGAAGGUUCUGGAAUCGGAGUGGAUGAAGCGAUGGGCGAUUCCUGAAUAUGACAAGAUCCGGGAACACUAG